AUGAAGCAGCGGAGCUGGGAUGCAGAUGGCGUGGACGGCGGGCCGUCGUCAAUGGAGGUUCUGCUGGAAUGGCUCUCGACGUCAAGGAAUGCGGCGCGUUGGCGGAGAUCUGCAGGCAAAGCGGACGGGUCACGGGCCGAGAUGACCCACGAAAUCUACGACAUGCUGCGGAGUUACGACAUCGACCACCGAACUCCAUGCAGCGUUCGCUCUAGGCUUUGGACACUGGAGCGCCAA